CUCAUAGAAUUUUCCUCCACUCACAAGUCACAAGUACCCCCUCCUCUGCACACAGCGCAAAACUUUCUUUGCCAUUUCCACGCGCUCUCUCUCUCUCUCUCUCUCUCUUUUCAUAGGUACGAUCAGGCAGAGACAUGUACCCACCGUCGUCCUCACCCUUGUCGUCCCAGAAGCCAAUGGGCCCCGCUGGCCUCACCCGCUACGGCUCGGCCCCGAGCUCCCUCCUCGGCACCGCGGUCGAUUCACUCAUCGGCCCAAACCGCGAAUUCUCAGCUCUCCCAUCGUCGUCUUCUCUCAUGGCUCACCACCAGUACUUCUCCGGCGACUCUUCUUCCGUCACCUCCGAGUCUAGCUGCAGGGCCAACUCAUCCAACUGUCCCAAAGAGCAGGAGCAGUCCAAAGGGUUACAGAGAUCGUACGGUCUGAAUGAGAUGGCCGUUGGGGAUUUCCUAACGACUAGUAAUAUCAAGAGUGGCGGCGGUGGCAGUGGUGGUGGAUCCUCUGCCUCUGCUUCUGCUUCUUCCGCUUUGGUCCGCCAGAGAAGCUCUCCUGCUGGGUUGCUUAACCAUCUCGCUUCUGUUGCUGAUAAUGGUUUUUCAGUUACAAGGGGAUCUGGAGGCUACACCUCUCAAGUUGGCUCCAAUAGUGGCCAUGGAGUUUCAAGGUUGAAGCCUCAAUUAAGCUUCACAAGACAAGAUUCUCUUUCUCAGAUCUCAGAGGUCAGCGAAGAUGUUGUCGAUGGCAUCAACUCUGACAAUGGCCACCAAAAUGCCAUGCAUUCUUAUGCCACUAAUAGCUUUGGAAUGGACUCAUGGGACAACACAAAUUCUAUAAUAUUUUCAGCCCCACCUGGCGUACGUGCUAAAAAUGCUGACAAUGACAUUUUCAACUGUCUGCAUGCUUUAGAAACUCAGUUUAGCAUGCCACAGACAACACUUGAGAUGGCCACAGUGGAGAAGCUAAUUCAUAUUCCUGAAGAUUCUGUUCCAUGUAAAAUACGCGCUAAACGUGGCUGUGCGACUCACCCCCGAAGCAUUGCUGAAAGGGAAAGGAGAACCAGGAUAAGUGGGAAAUUGAAGAAGCUACAAGACCUUGUCCCUAACAUGGAUAAGCAAACGAGUUAUGCAGACAUGUUGGACUUGGCAGUUCAGCAUAUCAAAGGCCUUCAAAAUCAAGUUCAGGAGCUUCAGAAAGAACUUCAAAAUUGCACCUGUGGAUGCAAACAAACCGCCUAAAUGUUUGCUUCCAUAAAAUAUAUCAUAGAAAGAUUUUGCACUGGAGUCGAGGAUGAUGUUGAAGAGCGUAGGGACCCAAGCUAGGUUCAUUUUGAUUCCUUGCCAAAUUAGAUCUAAAUUUUCUGUAGGGAAAUCAUUGUGUAUAUAAUUUAAAUAAAGCUGUCAUUUCCUACUCUAUCAGGUAGGAAAAAGAAAGAGGCUGUAUCUCUUUCAGGUUCCUUGUCUUGAUCUGUUUUGUACGUCUCUUUGAGGUAUAUGCUUUAAUUUAAAAGGUUGGAAGGUACAUAAAA